GGUAGUUGCGAAUGGCUUUGCUCAUCCUCAUCAAAUCAACCAGUGGCACUGCAUCUGCGAGUUCAAGUUCCCAAUUGGAAUAAGAAGACACAGCAUGGAAAUCCCAACUUACACGUGUGAUAUCGUUUACUGUACUCUAGCUCCGUACCUUCGCCUGGCGAAUGGAGCAAAUCUGAGACCGGCCGGGGUCAUAGCGUUGGCCCUGGUUCUAUGCCAUGCGGUGAUGAGACAUGUACGCUGCUCAAAAGGCUCCGUGCGCUGCUGCCUUUAAGAGUGUUUGCCUUGGCCCGCCGAACAUCUAAGGUCUGGGCGGGACUCGUUCGUGUGAAGCCCAAAGUGCUCUUGAUAC